UAAGAAGUGCCAAUGUGCCAUAACCCUUUGCACAUACAUACCACUCCUCUCUCCCUCUCCCUCUCCCUCUCCCUCUCUCUCACACAUACACAAUCUCUCUCCCCCCUCUCUCUCACACAUACACAAACACACACACAUGAUGGUCAAGAACAAGAAAAUCAAGAUAUUGAUCUUGUUAAUGGUUGCAUCUCAUCUCACACUUGCAACCAAAUCUAACUCAAACUCAUGGGUUGGUUCCAAGUACCAAAUAGAAUGCACAAUGUGUGCCGCCUGUGACAACCCAUGCAACCAACCCACCACCCCUUCACCACCACCACCGUCACCACCACCACCCAAACCCUCCACACCCAUCUGCCCUCCACCUCCCAAAUCCACCGGAUCCGGCUACUAUUACCCACCACCAUCAACCACCCAAGGCCCUUACUACACCUACCCACCACCGGCACCAUACAACAACAACAACAACAAUAAUAAUAAUAAUAACAACAAUAACUACCCUACACCACAACCACCCAAUCCCAUUAUGCCUUACUUCCCUUACUACUACUACAGCCCUCCGCCGCCGGCACCCUCCGCCGCCGUCUCACUUUCCGGCGCUACCACUCUUUUCUUGAUCAACUUAUUUUACUUUUUCUUUUUUUAAAUUUUAUAGAAUUGAAAGUGAAGAAUAAAGUGUUACUGCAAAAAGAUUACACAAGAUUCGAAAUUGAUGAAAACCCAGAAAUACCCAUCAAGGAUUUGUGAAUUUACGGAAGAAUUUAUGUUGAUCAUGAAUUCAUGAUGAUGAUGAUAGUUGAAAGUGGAAAGAAGGGUGGUAGUCUGUAAAUUAUUGACAGUUUAUGUCUGUUUUGGUAAUUUGUUAUGUAUUUAGUUUUAAAUAGUAUAUUCAUGAGUAAUAAAUGAUAGCACGAUGUUUUUCAGAACUAUUGAUCAUAUUGUAUGGAUUAUUGCAAUUUU